UCAUCAUUCAGCGUGAAAAGUUCUCCAAAAAGCAAACGUGCAUCUUUUGGUUGUGGAAUAUUUUCCACUAAUUUCGUGCAAAAACCGUUCAAUUUUGGCUGAAAUUCGAUCGCAUAGCCGCAGCAGAUCGCCGCCGAUCGUUCAGCGAUGGAUUCCAGUGGAGAUAGCAUAGAAAAGCUGUACAAAAACUACGAAAUUCUGACCGACGCCAAGGACAAAAUCGGCGAGCAUGAACUGGAAUAUCGAGAGAUUCUGGAUGCCGUGAAAGGCACGGCCAAGGAAAAGCGGCUGGCGUCGCAGUUCAUCGGGAAGUUCUUCAAGCAUUUUCCCAACUUGGCCGAGUUGGCCAUCGAUCGUCAGCUGGAUCUGUGUGAGGAUGAAGACGCUCAGAUUCGUAAACAAGCAAUAAAGGAUCUACCCCAGCUGUGCAAGGACACUAAGGAGCAUACGCCGAAGAUUGCCGAUAUUCUCGCGCAGUUGCUUAUUACCGAAGACGUCACCGAAUUGCAGCAGGUGCACCAAUCCUUGCUUACGUUGGCGAAGUUCGACGCCACCGGAACAUUGACGGGAAUCUUCAGUCAAAUUGUGUCUGGAGAUGAGCCCACACGCUACCGAAAUUUCCAGUUCAUUCUGAACAAACUGAUGAAGAUCGGUCCGGAGGUCAUCACCAAAGAAGUAGAGGAUUUCGUCAUCGCGGAAAUCAAGAAAAUACUUCUGGACGUAAGUGCAGACGAGUUCCACCUUUGCAUGUCCAUACUGAACCAGACAAAGUUGAGUAAAACCGUGACCGGUCAUGCAGAGUUGGUGGCCAUUGCCGUGGAGCAGGCCGACAUGGAAGCUGAUCUGGGAACAUUGGCUUCGGACGACGAAACCGUUGAACGAUUCAUUCAGUGCGCCAGUGAGGCUAUGCCGUAUUUUUCAUCACAAGUUGAGUCAACCCAAUUCAUAAAGUUCAUGUGCGAAAAACUUCUGCCGCUGAACGUGUGGAACUUGAUUGGAGCCGGGGAAGAACAACACACCACCCAGUUGCGGCUGCUGAAGGUAUUUGCCGAGAUGUGUGCCUUCUGCGGAUCGCUGGACAAACCGACGGAGAAAGUGGAAGCCAUCUACAAUGUGCUGCUGGAAUACAUGCCUCUCCCGCCAGCGGAUGCCGACAUGAACGAGACACCGUCGUUCCAGUUCUCACAUGCCGAAUGUCUUCUGCAUGCACUGCACACGUUGGGCAAGCAAGCUGCCGAAUUCCUCACGUUCCCGGAGGAUGCCGCCAAGCUCAAGGACUUCCGGUCGAGAUUACAGUACCUGGCUCGUGGUACACAAGGAUACAUAAAGAAACUACAGGAAGCUGUCAAGGGCAAAACAACGGAGGAAAUGAAAUCGGAAGAAAAUCAAAUCAAAGCCACGGCUUUGAAAACUACAUCCAACAUUAGCACCCUGAUUCGGGAUCUGUUCCAUACACCGCCAAGUUUCAAGUCGGUUAUCCAUCUGUCCUGGCUGCCGCCCAAGUCCAAAGCGGUGGACACCAAAACUACCGCCAAACGUCACGCAGCGAUUACUUUCGAGGAGAACGGCAAAUCCCAGGACACCAAGGGUCCCAAACAUGCCAAGGGCAGCUCCGGCACGCAGAAGGUUUACACACCGCCUUCGGGCAAAUACUCCGGCAAAGUGCAGAAUUACUCCCCCAAGAAUGGCGGAGGCAGCAGCAACGGAGGACGACGUCCCGGCGGUGGCGGAGGCGGUGGAGGCUUCCGUCGGUCCGGUUUCGGCGGACGUUCGGGAAGCGGUGGCGGCGGCGGCCGCAGGAGAUAUUAAGGAAGUAGCGCGGCUUCGUAAACGGGUGAGGUAAAAUCCGGACAAAAAGUACGAAUACUAUAGGUUUUCCCUUGAUUCCUUCUGUUCCUGCAUUCUUAAACUUGAAAAAUCUACGAAUAUCCUUCUUCCUAUCUCAGCUAUUCUUUCUGAUUAUCCCUCUUAUGGUUCAUGAAUUCUUGGGAUAUUGACUUUUGUAAAUAGACAACUUUAGUGAAACGGACUUCACGAGGAACAUUCGCCUAGGUGGUACUGGACAGGAUUCGAGAUAUACGGCAUCAAUCAUCAGCUACAAAGUUUCUUUUUUCACAGGGCCAGCCGGAUUCGUUCCUACUUUCGUUAUAAUGGUUUUAAUUGAUUUCUUAUAGACUUCGUUACCUCUAUUCCAAAUCCAUUUCAUCCUUCCCCACAAUGUUAUCCUUAUUAAAAAAAAGUAUUCGUACUCUUUUCCAAACAUACAAAUAAGCGCAAAAUAGAUACUUUGAAAGAAACCAGUUUUCAUCGUGGGAUUUACGGCAAGAAGAAUCGUUCCAGCAAUACUAUCUGAAAGCGAAUAAUGAACUUCUCCAUGUGCUACAUUCGAAGCAUGACCGUGUUUGUGUGUGCGUAAAAUGACCUUUACGAUAUUCUAACCAUUGCCAGGGACAGUUUGAGUGUUUUCCAGUUUCAUUUACACGUUCAAAUCAUUCUCGAGUCUACAAGAGAAUUGAUUUCCUCCCAAACGACGUGAAAUUGAAUCUGCGUGCAUACACAAAUUGAUCCCUCGCCCCAAACAACCAAAUUCCUUUCUACUACAAGCAGUGCAGUAUAUACCUAUAGAUGUAAACGAGUAUAACAAACCAGAGGUAUUUCGUGAGAUCGUUCGACUUUGCCUCCGGUCAAAAAAACCAUUUUGAUGUCAGUGAGACAUUUUUCAAUACACCUAAUACUUACCUUUCGGUAUCAUAGCAUCGCACUUCUGAUAAUAUUCAGCAUAUUUAAUAAACUAACUAGUGAUUAAAUGAUUCCGAAAA